UUCCAGCCGCCAGGCGACUAGUGCUCUGCUAGCAGCCGUCCCACCAACACGCCACGUGCGCGCACGACCAGCCGUCACCGGACAAGACUCCUUAAAGAAGAUGAAGCCAUCUGGAUCACUAAUUACACUGAUGCUAAUAUGCACUAUAAAAUCUGUUAUGAGCUGUGCUCGUUCAAGAGACUUUGCCCGAACACAUGAUGCCUUAAGCACCAAUCUAGUCGAGGAUGUUGUGGAUAGUAUACCCCAGGCAGUUGACUGCCUAGGACUGUCGGCAACUACCAACAGCCUCCUCAGGAAUUUCUUCAGGCCUCAGACAAAUGAAAAAGUAAAUACUCGCUUCUAUCUGUAUAACAGAGCUAAUAAAACACCUGUGGAAAUUAGUGCUGAUGAAAGGUUGAAUAACUUUUCUCACAGGAAUGGUACAAUUGUUAUUGUUCAUGGAUUCCUGUCUAGUAGUCAAGAAGAAUGGGUCCGGAAUAUGGCAGAAGCAUUCUUUGACAAGGAGGAUGUCAAUGUGAUUGCGGUAGACUGGACUGGGAGUUGGCAGUACUGGCAGGCCGUUGCAAACACAAGGGUGGCUGCAGCUGAAAUAGCACGGUUACUGCUCAUUUUGGCUGAUGAGGGCAAGGUGACGCCUGAACGAAUACAUUUGGUGGGCCACAGUCUAGGUGCACAUAUCUGUUCCUUUGCUGCCUCUGCUUUCAACAAAAGUGGAAGAGGGAAGAUAUUCCGUAUUACAGGUCUUGAUCCUGCUCAGCCAUGCUAUGCUUCCAUGAGGGAUAAUGAUAUGCGUCUUGAUCCUAGUGAUGCCAAUAUAGUUGAUGUGAUACAUACUAAUGGAAAACUAUACUCUCUGUUAGGUCUUGGGAUACCAGAGCCAGUUGGACACAUUGAUUUUUAUCCAAAUGGAGGGAUGUGUCAGCCUGGAUGUGUAAAUGGGGAAGCUGUUGGAUACAAAUUUCCUGGAAUCCUGUCUUUUCUGUUAUCUGCAGCCAGUGAUGUGACAACUCAGUUGCAGAAAGCAAUCUGUAGCCAUGGACGAUCAUAUAAGCUCUUCACAGACAGUAUACGUUUUCAUAACUGUUCCUUCUGGGGUCGUAAGUGGAAUUCAUUGAGUGAAAGAGAAUCUUUGAAUCUGAAUACAACAUGCUCUCUUGCCAACUGUACUGAAAUGGGUUACCUCGCUGAUAUAUUUCCUGCAAGAGGAAGCUUUUAUGUACCAACGAGGGAAACUGAGCCUUUUUGCAUUUACGACCGGAAAGCAGACCUAGCUAUGGCUUCAAGUAUAUAUGCUCUCCACAAUUUAACCUGGAACUUGCGCAAUAUACCUUUGGAUUCAGAAGAGUCUUUCCACUAGUAACAUCAUCUAACAAGUCAUAAAAUGGGCACUGUUUAUGGAGUGACACAUGAGAUGCUACACCUCACUGAAAUUACUAAAAGGUCCCAUGUAUAGUGAGAGAUUAGUUUCAAUCAAGUUUAGUAAGAAAAAUUAAUUCGAUUAAAAAAUACACUGUAGUAAGAUGUAACUGUUCUGGAAGAGCACUGAUCAGCAUUCUUAUACUAUCCACUAUUAUCCUACCUGUCAAGGAACAAAACUAAUCAUAUUUACAAAAAUAUGUGAAGCAGUAUGUAAGAAUUGCGUAAUAAGGAUGUUAUGGAUGACUCAGUUUACAUGGUAUAAAUUGUAAUAUUUCACUAUUUUCCUCAUGCAGUAUAUUUUCAUGUAUUAUCUGUGUCUAAUGUUUCAUAAUAUGAGAUGUUGAAAAUAGUGCGAUUCCCAGUCAUCCUCCAGUGGUACUUAUUUCUGUUUAGUAAGUGGUAGCCAAUUUAAUUUAUUUUUAAGAGCAAGGAUAAAUAGCAAAGUAUGUUGUAUUGGUGGACAGAAUAAUUAAUAUCUGAAUUCCACUUUUCUUACUACAUAAAAGCUGAAUGGAAAAUGGAGCAUCCUACUUAAGACACAUACAGUAGGCAGGCACUCAGACUUAUAUGCCUGUGGUUUACAUAAGGAACUUUAAUAGCAAGGUGCUCCUACAGAAAUAUGGAUUAUUAUUAAGAAACCAUCUAAAAGGAGAUUGGUUGUACAUCCAAUGUCACAUGUUGUCAAACAUGCGUGCUGUAGCAUGUAACCAACAGGUUAACAGAUGCAAAGAGUCCAUGAGAUAAAAUGAUGAAGCAUUGCAAUUAAGAGUGUUGUUAAAGGGGAGGUAGUGAAAUCAAACAAAAGUAUGAAUAAAGAACUAGAUUUCAGGAGAGGAGGAAUAAAAAAAAAACUUGAAAAAAUAUGGUAUAGUAUUGGUUUUAAUUUGCCAGAAGUAGUACAACAAAACAAUUUUCUGCACCUUGAUGUACAG